AUUAUUAUAGUUUUUGGUUAUUUCAUGUAUUUACUUUGGCUCGUUGGGAGCCCACUUGCUGGUUGGAGGGGUGUGACAGGCAUGGGAAACUCAAGGGCUGCACAUGACCGGUAGGCUGCGACACUAAAUCGACCCCCCCCGUGUGCGCGGUGAAGCCUAGCCUGGACCAGUCAGAGCAAGGGGAGCAGAGACUACAGUAGAGUCCCCAGCAGGAGCGUUCCCUCAUUCCCCCGGGAAAUGCGUAGUCGCAAGCGUGUACAAAUAGAAAAAGAGCUUGUUUUUCCUUCGGUUUUUAACUUUUUUCGCUGUUUACUACGCUCUCUGAAGGUUCGAGAGUCCACCUGAUCCUCUCUCUCAAGUGCUCUUGUUCUCUCUCUCUCUCUCUCUCUCUCUCUCUCUCUCGCUCUCUCUCUCUCUCUCUCUCUCUCUCUCUCUCUCUCUCUCUCUCUCUCUCUCUCUCUCUCUCUCUCUCUCUCUCUCUCUCUCUCGUUCCCUCUCUCUCUCGUUCCCUCUCUCUGCUCACCUGGAUCAAGGAAUGGUCUUUCAAAAGUUCCUCUUCUGAACCACUCCCCAAGAUUUCUUGUCUUUUUUUUUUCAAUUGCUAUUAUUUUUUUCUAACAAUCGUUGUAAAAAGUUUUUUUUAUUUCUGGAUCUGGAUUCGACCAUGCAUCUUUCUACGGAGCACAAGAUUGAGCUAGGACUGACAGAACAAGGCAUGGACAACCUUGCCUUCGCCGGCCCUGAGGUUGAGGACCAGCUACGGAGUGACAGCACUGGGGUUUCCGGCACCCCCUCGAGGGUAGAGCUGGCGGAGGAGGUGCAGGAGGAGCAGGAGGAGGUGGGGAAGGGUCAGGAACUGGUGUACUCCCUCAACGACCGACCCCCGUGGUACCUCUGCAUCCUUCUGGGAUUCCAGCACUACAUCCUGGCGUUCGGGGGCAUCAUCGCCGUGCCCCUCAUCCUGGCAGAGCCCCUCUGCAUAGGGGACAACAACACCGCCAAGAGCGACCUCAUCUCCACCAUCUUCUUCGUAUCGGGGCUGUGCACCCUGCUGCAGACCUCCAUCGGGACCAGGUUACCCAUACUCCAGGGAGGUACUUUCAGCCUGAUCACCCCCACGCUGGCCAUCUUGGCCCUCCCUAAGUGGCAGUGCCCAGUCGCUGGGACCCCGACCAUGGACCUGGGAAACACCACCACACCCCUGGCCACGGAGGACCCAGACCAGUUGUGGAUGACCCGGCUACGGGAGAUCCAGGGGGCCAUCCUGGUGUCGUCCCUGCUACAGGUGGUCCUGGGCCUGACGGGACUCGUGGGCCUGGUGCUGCGGUUCAUCGGCCCCCUGGCCAUCGCCCCCACCAUCAACCUCAUUGGCCUGUCACUGUUCAUCGAGGCUGGGAAGAAGUGCGGCGCCCACUGGGGCAUAGCAGCCUUAACGGUGGGUUUGAUCAUUCUGUUCUCUCAGUAUCUGAGCAAGGUCAACGUUCCCAUGAUUACCUACAAGGACAAGAAGUGGACAAUCUUUCAGUAUCCCCUCUUCAAACUGUUCUCUGCGUUGUUCGGGAUGUGUGGUGGCUGGUUGGUCUGCUACCUAUUGACCGUCUUCGAGGUUCUGCCCUCCAAGUCGGACCAGUACGGAUACUCUGCCCGGACCGACAUCAACCUGGACGCCGUGAGCAGUGCUCCGUGGUUCCGUGUUCCUUACCCAGGUCAGUGGGGGGUCCCCACCGUCAGCGUGUCGUCCGUGCUGGGGAUGACAGCUGGCGUGCUGGCCUCCACCAUGGAGUCCAUCGGCGACUACUACGCCUGCGCCCGCCUCUCCGGGGCCCCGCCCCCACCCACGCACGCCAUCAACCGGGGCAUCGCGGUGGAGGGCCUGGGCUGCAUCCUGGCCGGGCUGUGGGGCACGGGGAACGGCACCACGUCGUACAGCCAGAACAUCGCCGCGCUGGGGAUCACCAAGGUUGGCAGUCGACUCGUUCUUCAGACCACGGGAAUCCUGAUGAUUCUUCUGGGAAUCUUCGGAAAAUUCGGAGCAGUCUUCAUCACCAUUCCAGAGCCUGUUAUUGGAGGGAUGUUCCUGGUGAUGUUUGGAAUGAUUGCAGCUGUGGGAAUAUCCAACCUUCAGUACGUGGACCUGAACUCCUCCAGGAACCUCCUCAUUCUGGGCUUUUCCACGUUCAGUGGCCUGGUCCUACCGACGUGGUUCAACUCCAACCCUGGUGUCAUCGACACAGGAGUGAAAGAGCUGGACCAAGUUAUUUUGGUGCUUUUUACCACCCACAUGUUCAUUGGAGGUUUCCUCGGAUUCGUUUUGGACAACACCAUUCCAGGGAGUGAGAAAGAGCGGGGAAUAAAGAGCUGGCGUAAGAAGGUCCAGGAGAACGGACAGGGCCAUGCGGUUAACCAGUCCUGUUACGACAUCCCCUACUGCAACGCCAUCUUCCAGCGCUUCAAAUGCUUCCAGUACCUGCCGUUCCUCCCCUCCUACAGAGAGCCCAGGAGGAAAACCUCAAAGUGAGCCUAGCCAAAGUGGUGCUGAAAAACAACCUUCAUUCUGGGAUUCAGCUGGUUCCAUGGCUUUUGGUAGCACACUAUAUAAAGAAGGGGGCAGAUGGGAUAGUGUGUUCUGAAUUAUGACAUUUUAAGGAAUUGUGUCCGUUAUAUGGUUGAAAUUCAAGCCUAUGUUACAGGUAAAGCUUUGGAAAUAAAUUAAAAUGUCUACAUUUCAAAGGAUCGGUCAACCUGAAGCUGGACCUUAUUUACCAAUCAUUCUCAUGGGCGUUGAGAUGUUGUAGGAAGAGAAAAUGUAAUUGAGAGAUAGAGAGCAGAGGGAUGGUUUUGUUUGACUUCAGAAAGCUUAGAUAAUUUCCCUUUCAUGAUAAAUUAAAUCUGAGCCGGUCUGUGGUUAAAACAAACUACAGCGUUCUCGCUUAAUCCUGGACCAAUUUCCAAAAUUGUUGCCACGUUGGUCCCUUAAACCGAACAUGAGGGGAAUAUUUGGUUGGGUGUCAGGUUGAAAAAUGUCAAAGUUCUCCUCUAACACCUUACCUUUGAAACUUGAUACAGACUAAAAUAACAACACAUUCAAGGACUUUAUAAUGCCUUUAAGCAAGUAAAUAAUUCUGAAGUAAGCAUUUGUAAACUUCUAUCAAAAGUGAUGUAUGGCCUUGGAGCAAAGCUCAGUGCAAACCAAAAGACCAAAAGAAAAGGUGUCUACUACAGAAUAUUCUUUAAUUCCUGCAAUAACAAGAAUUAAUUAAAUAUCUUUCUCCUCUAAUGCUUUCAGACAAUCCUCAAGGGAGAAAACUGAUUCAUUUACAAACUAUAUAAAUUACCGCAGUCCUGAAAUACAAAUACUUUUGACAAGUUUUUGAAUAUAUAUUAUAAGUCAAUUAAUCAUUAAAUCCAAUUUUGAUAUUUAAUCACAGAAAGCAGAACAUAUCUAAAUCUGUAAAAGAUGUGUUUUAAUUUGAGGUACAAAUUCAGAAUAAUUUGUCAAGCGGACAAUUCUGAACAGGAUUCUACUCAUAUCUUUUUGAAAUUUUCUCAAUGGAAAACUAAAGUUAAAGCUAUUUAUGUUGUCCUAUUUGUGUUGCUACGGCUACAGUCUGCUGUAAUGUCCAUACAUGGGCAUAUGUCAAGCAAAUGACCAAUGUUAUAGAUAAUAAUAAUCUAAUAAUAAUAAUAAUAAUAAUAAUAAUACAUACAUUUUAUAGUUGGUGUUUCAUUAACUUAAAAUGUGCAUUUCAAAUAUUUGCAUCUUUAUGUAUUUAUUUUAAUUUACCCAGUUUUACACUUGAAGCUUGUUGUUGCUUGUUUGCAGACCUUAAAAUAACUAAUAUAUAAAUAUACCAUGAAACCAGUACAAGUGAAAAAAACAUACAUUCUGUAUUCUUAUUGCAUUCUUAUUACGAUAUAUAUAUAUAUAUAUAUAUAU